AUGACCGUCAAGUCAAUCGCUACAUCAUGCAAUACGAUUGAAACCAAGGAAACUCACAACACUAAGUGGUAUAAGCUUCUUGUAACAUUUCAAGCUUCACCUGAUGCCAUGCAGCUUGGAUAUCCACAUAUUAAUGCAGCGUGGAGGUUAUUUCUCUUUGGCAAUGGCUCACCUACGCAUCAUUUAGGACUGCUUACGGGCUCUCCCACUGAAGUGGAUGUGCUUGGCAUGCGACCAGUCGGAAGUAGCCUGGAUGACGCACCGUCAGAGGUCGAGGCUAUCGCGGCACCACGCUGCCGUCGUCAAGUCUGGCUGCGCAAUCGACUUGGUGAGCGACUUGGCUAUGCAGUAUCAUGGAUCAAUGUCAACGAUGUCGGUGCCGUAUUCAAGGACACAAAGAUCCCUAUUGGCAAAAACAUUCUGCAGCACAAGACAGAGUUGUAUCGUGACAUGAAGAGCGUCUUUUGUGGCCACUCAUCCAAGCUUGAAAAAGCUUUUGGAACGCCUGGACCCUUCUGGGGACGCUCUUAUCUCUUUUGGAACGGAGGACGGCCUGUCACGUUCAUUUACGAGGUAUUUUCUCCUGCACUAGAGAAAUAUAUGGGCAAGGUACUGUUAUCGACUUCGUCUACAUGCUCGAACAAACACAAUUAG